AUGACCCAGCACCCCCCAGAUACCCCGGAACGCUCAGCCACCCUUCCCUCCGACCUUACCCCUCGCUCGCACCCAAACGGUCCUCGCAAUCCAGACCACCCCGGCUCAUCGCGCACUCGCUACCACACCACUCCACUCCCACAGCAGCAGGGCAGUCCCUCCCAGCCCAUCUCCGUGCUAGAUAGCUCUGAAUCAUCUCCAAGUCUACAGCCGGUUGAUGUGGGAGAGCCCGAGCCAGAAGCUGUAUACCGUCCACCGGAACCUGUCGUCGACCUCACAGAUGAGCAGCCGCCACCCUACUCGCCGGGCAUUGUGGCCGAGCCCGUCGACGCAGGUCCAGAAAUGGACAUCGAUAACAAGAGAAGCGUGAAAGAUAUCUCCGACUGGCAAGCUGGGCUUGACCGGUAUAACCUGAUGGACGUCGAUCAGCCUAGCCUUCGAAGCAAGCCUCAACUUGGGCCUGGUGUCCUCCCAAGACGAUUGCUUGCUAUCAUACACGAGCAUGAUCUUGUGAGGCCCUAUAUUGAUGAGCUGCCUGAGCCAGCCAAGAGGAUCCAGGAGGGCUUGGAGAGCCCGGAUGUCCGGAUUGCGAUGUCGGAAGAUGUGUAUAAUGCGCUUCCAGGCGGUGAUCAAGAUCAUGACCACUGGUACUUUUGUACGACUUGUUGGGGCUGGCUCAGGAUCAUAGAAGGCAGGGACGAGACCUUCCCACAGAUACCAUCCAUGGAAGAAUGGGAGGUUUGGGCGGUGGAGAAUAAGAUUUAUGACGAACAGGAGAAGUUUGAGGCGGCAAGAAAGGAGAGGCAGUAUCAGCUAGACCAGCUCCUAUUGUGUCGAGAGGCUGGGCGAACAGCAGGAGAACCGCACGAGCACUUUCACGAAUUCCGGAACAUCGUUCCGAGUUCGAGAUUGUCUCGGGUAGAGCGCCUGGAUGUUGAAGAACACCAGAAUCUGUUCCCUCAUGUCACCUUUGGGCUGGAGAGGGACGAAAAGCUGGAGUCUUUCAGUGUGCCGCAUGCACCUGCGAGGUUGUAUGUCAGUGAUUCCUCAACAAGCUGGAUCUUUGUGGACGAAGGGAUGGUACCGGGUCAGAUACCUGCUGGGCUGGUCCAGGCGUUCACGGCAGAAAAGAUGAGCAACCCUGCCCCGGGGAAGACCGGAUACAAGAGUGUGAGCGAUGCUUGGGACCUCCUAGCUACAUUACUCUCGAAUGCCUUGUUCAAAGGUAAACGCGGAGCUGUCAGCCUCGCCAAUCAGCGAGUCCAGAAUUGCAUCGGCCAAGGGAUCCUUUCUUCCCACGUUCUCUACCACUCCGGAUUCGCCUGCACAGAAGACGACGACAGCCUUCGGGUCGGUCCCUAUAGGGGUCGCGAGGACGACCCGGUCCCCCCGGGGCAGCUGGGUACGAUGGACAGGUAUAUGUUACGGGUCUGGGUUGAAAUCAGCCUGUAUCUGAAGGCGUACCAGAUUCGAAAUUCUAUUGAGAUUGGUCAUCACUGUGCUGUAGAGCCCGUCCGUCUCGAAUUUUCACUCGAAAGUUAUCUGCCCUUUCAAAAGUAUCGAGAAGCCCGACCAUCCUUGCCCGACGCUCUCAAAAACGCUUGUCACGCCCUGGGGGCUACCAGAUUUGACACUGUGGAUACCUUAGAGCUGGCUUAUGACCUCCAAAUUGCCUUUGACGAGGUCAACACCCCGAAAUACCUGGGAGCCUUGGAGACGAUAUCGGAAGGGCCCAUAUACGGCAAGGACAGCGCCCAGCUUAAAGUGGCCAUGGAAAAGAGUAUGGACAAGUUCACUGAGAAUGAUCUUCUACGCGCCUACAGCCUCAUUGGUUAUACUACGGACCAUGCGGAAACCAUUUGCGUGGCUCCUCAUGAAGCGCCCAAUGAUUACAUUCUAGACAUGCACAAGAAGGCCAUCCGGGCUUGUACAUCACCGUCCGCCCGACAGGAUGUGAAUGACGCGCUGGCAAAAAUUGGAAAAGCACGGGAAAGUUUCAUGUUGCAGUGCAUGGCCGAGAAGGGGCAAACGACUGUGAGCGUACAAGAGGCGUAUGAGGCGUUGAGUGCACCGAGGGACGCGGUGGAUGACGGUCUCAUUAUGCAAUAUGAAAUGGCGGUCAACGAAUAUCCCGGAAAGGCCGACCACUACCGAAUGUGCUUGUCGGUCAUCGCUGACGCUCCUGGGGAAGAGCGUCCAGGAUUGAAAACAUUCUUGCAAACUGGUAAUCGAGAUCCUGGCGCCCCUGCAAGGAAGGACGUCCCUGUCGGUCUACAAAACAUUGGAAACACCUGUUACCUCAAUUCUAUUCUGCAAUACUUGUAUUCCAUCAAGCCUCUUCGCGAGGCAGUGUUGGAGUUUGACCAAGAUGGGAACAAGAUGGCCACCCCUGUCAAGCCAGAGGUUGAAAGAGCGAGACGAUUCGUUCGUCAACUGCGCCUACUUUUCCUUCAGCUCUACAAGUCAGAACUCCCAGCCGUUCGCCCCGAGGAAGAGCUUGCGUACCUUGCUAUCACUCGCCCGGAGGUGGACUCUUGGGUGGAUUCAGAAGAGCAGCCUGUCCAGAUAUCUGUCUCAGCUUCCGCAGAGACGGCCAAGGGAGAGCCAACAGGGAGUGCAUUGGAUAGCAUCCCGUCGAUCCCCGAUUUGAUUGAUGUGCCUUCUUCACCCACUUCUACCUUGUUCGCUUCCGCACCAGGAUCACCUCUCAAGCAACUUCCUCUCGAGCUAGCUGAACCCAGCACUAUUCAGCCAGACCAGAGCCACAAAGAUGACGGCGGUCGCUCGCCAGAAACCUCCAGCAGCCGCAGAUCUACAUCCUCCUCCGUUCUAGGCAAACGAGCCAUCAACGAACGCGAACGUUCAUUCUCUCCAGGUGAGGAGCGCAGUAGGCUCAAGUCUGCCGAGAGGUCAAUGAGCGGGAUUAUGGAUGAAGAGGACAAGGAAGAUGAGAAUGUCACCCCGUCCAAGGGCAAGCGAGGGCUAGUGGAAAGCCCGACGAUGACGGCUGAAAUGUCACAUCUGGAGCUUCAAACUCCAGCGAAAGGCGGUGGUGAGACAGAGACCGGCGAGGUUGAGGCGAUGGCUGUAGCGGAAGACGAACGGUUUGCACCCCCUAGUGUGCCGCCGCCGUCUCUGCCGCCAAGGCCACCAGUGGCAAAGAAAGAGACGCUGAGCUCGGGUCUGAAAUUCGGUCUACAGCAAGACUCUGCUGAAGUUCUCAUCAACAUUCUCACCCAGCUGGAGAUGGCUCUCGAAAGACCCGCGGAGGAGGGUGAGGAGGAACCUAACCUUAUCAAAGAGCUCUAUUCUUGCAGUUUCCAUCAGCAGACCAUCUACGAGUCUGCUCUACCCACCCCCGGCGGUAGCACCGCCUACGAAGCUGCCAAAGACACGGAGGCUGUCUUCACCCACCCAAUCAUCGGUGUCGAGGAAGAAGGCAAAGAUUUGGAUGAUUGCUUGGCAGAGCUGUACCUCAAGGGCGCAGACAUUGAGUAUGAGGGGAAGAAAGGAUACAUGAUGGAAUUGAUGGAUCAGUUUCCGCCGAUGCUGUAUAUCCAGAUGAGACGAUCACAAUAUGACCCUAUCUUGAAACGAGAACGUAAAACCAAUACCCACAUCCAUUUCCCCCAAACCCUUUCUAUGUCGCGUUACCUCGUCAACGCACCUGCCGAGAAACGGGCAGAGUCCAUCGAUCUCACCCGCGAAAUGGUGCGCAUUCGUACUCGACUUCAUGCUCUCCAGAACCACCAACCCCUGUCGAUUCCCGACACCUUCAAACAUGCCUCUUCGGCCCUGCGCUACCUAGCGUCCGCGGAUGUGACGCAGGAAAUUCCAGAGCUGGAAGGUGUCCUUGAGGAUGACUUGUUUGACCAUCUUGACGCUGAAAGGCUCGAGACUGACAAAGAGAUUGAAGAACUGCAGGCUGCUUUACCGGAUCUGAAAUCCCGGAUGAACAAGAUCUGGGCUGCAAAGGACGGAGAGGCGAUGGACCAAGGGGACGAGUAUGAGUACGAGCUGGUGAGCGUGUAUAUGCAUCGAGGGAAAACAAGCGGAUCGGGUCAUUACUGGACUUAUCAAGCUCAUCUCCCUGGUCACAGUGAAGAGUUUUACAGUUACAACGAUGAGUUGGUAACAGUCGUCCCGGCCACCGAGGUUCUGCAAGAUCGUACUGGCAGCGAUGCCAACCCUGCGCUACUUUGCUAUGCCAGGAAGGGUUGGAAUUUAGUCGAGACUUUACAUAGAGAAGUGUUAGAACAGGAGGCGGGGGAUGUCGCUCUUGAGCAAGAUUUGCUGUUGAACGAGGUGGAGUGA